AUGGUCUUUCGUUCGGGACCUGUUGCUCCUGGCAUCGCAUUUGUUACUGGCGGUGCACGCGGGUUAGGGAACGCCAUUGGUGUAUCAUUUGCAAAGGAAGGUGCCAGGGGCGUGUGCCUGGUUGAUAUCCAGGAUGAAGCAACGUUCGAGGAGGGCAAGAAAGCGGUUGAGAAAUACGGUGCCAAGGUUCUAUGCAUCCGCGCCGACGUGACCAGGGAGGAGGACGUAGAGCGAGCGGUCAACGAAGCAGUCAAAGAAUUCGGACGCAUCGACUAUGCAGCGAAUUUUGCAGGUAUUAUCGGGCCCCUGGGUGAGACGUGGGACACCGACACGGAUCAAUGGAGACGGGUUAUCGAAGUUAACACAGUCGGAGUGUGGCUUUGCAACAAGUACGAGCUGAAGCAGAUGAUGAAGCAGGAUUCGAUCGAAGUCGAGGAGGGCCGACCUCGUCAGCGAGGCUCGAUCGUCAACUGCGCAUCCGUCAACUCUAUCCAGGCCGGUGCUGGUACCACGGGAUACACCGCGUCGAAACAUGCCGUGGCCGGCCUCACAAAAGCAGUAAGCAAAUCCCCGUCCCCCCUGGACUUCAAUCCGGAUCACCGCGUGUUCCUUCCCUCGCUUUAUCCUCAUCAUCAUAACACCUUCUUUCCAUCCCAGGCCGCCCUUGAAGCCCGCCGCCACGAUAUCCGCAUCAACGCCGUCUCGCCCGGCUUCCUUCUGACCAAGCUCCUCGACCCCUUCAUGAAGCAGGGAAACGGCGAGCUCGCGGCCAAGGCGUGGGAGGAAUACGAAGCCAGACAGGGCCGCAAGGCCACCUUUGACGAGAUCGGCGACGUCGUCGUGCUCCUGAGCACCCCGCGUAUGAGUCUGGUGGUGGGCCAUAACCUUGUCAUCGAUGGGUAUGUUACAAGUGGCGCUUGA